CUGUUCAAUAUGAAAUCCCGCCAAUUUCAUGCUUUUGUUUACACUCAACUCAACUGACGCGUUGUUAAAAGUUUUUAAAAACUAUAAUUAACUCAAUUGUAUUAAAAAAUGUCGUCAAAUAAAAAUUGCACAUUAAAAUUUGCGAAACUUACUGAUAAAGCAUUUGCUCCAUUAAAAGGAUCAGCUUUAGCUGCUGGAUAUGAUCUACGAAGUGCAUAUGAUUAUGUAAUCCCGGCUCAAGGAAAAGAAUUAGUAAAGACCGACAUUCAGAUUGAAGUACCUGAAGGAACUUAUGGUAGAGUAGCACCAAGAUCAGGACUUGCUUGGAAACAUCACCUCAAUGUUGGUGCUGGAGUUAUUGAUGCGGAUUACAGAGGUAACGUCGGCGUCGUACUUUUUAAUCAUGGUGAUGAAGAUUUCAAAGUUGCUGCCGGUGAUAGAGUGGCUCAAUUAAUUUGUGAAAAAAUAGAGUAUCCGGAACUUGAAGAGCUUUCAUCAUUAGAUGAAACUAAAAGAGGAGAAGGUGGAUUUGGUUCUACCGGUUUAAAAUAACAAAAUGAAAACAUUUAAUUUCAUGCAUUAUUUUUUUUUUUACAUUUUUUCUUUUGUUAAGUUAUUAUUUUUUAUGCACCUCUAAUUCAUUUGUCACGAAAAAAAUAACUAUAAAUGGAAAAAAAUCAUUUGCCUGAUGGAUAUAUGUGAUUUCAUAGAUCUUUGAAAUACUUUUUUACUUUUAUACAAAAAAAAAAAUACUCGAAUUGUUACAGCAGGCAAACAUAUAACCUAUACUUAUAUUUAAGAAUUCAACUCUUAAAAGUAAAAUAUAAAACAAUAAAAACUUAAAUAGUUAACAUAAAGCUAAACAG